AUGUUUCUCUACCAGCUACUCAACUUCUUCUUCGUGGCGUCUGAAAAGGAGGAGGACGACUCUAAAUAUGACUUGUCCCUCUACAAGCGCGGUGACCUCUUACAGGUCCCCAGGACGUUAUUCACACAUUUCGGUAUCUACCUGGGCGACAACCGCGUGGCUCAUCUCAUCCCGGACAUCCUGCCCGUUAUUUCCAGGAAUAAAUCAGCCAUAGCCAAGACGGUGUCGAACAACCGGCUGCUGCUCGGGGUUAUCACCAAGGUUGCCAGCGUCAGAGUGGACUCGGUGCUGGAUUUCGCCUAUGGUUCGGAGAUUUUCAUCAACCACAUGGACAAAGUGUGCAGCCAGCCGCCACUAGAUGGGGAUGAGGUGGCUCGGAGGGCGGAGAAACUCUUGGGCUCGGUCACCUACAGUUUACUGUGGUACAACUGUGAGCACUACGUCAUGUACUGCAGAUAUGGGAUGGCCAUCAGCUACCAGACGUACCAGUUCUGCACAACAGUGAGGAAGAUCGUGUGCAGCAGGAUGAGCGCCUACCUGACUGCACUGUGUGGAGCGGGACUCGUGCUGUAUCUGGGCUGUGUGACGCCGCUGACUGUUUUACCGACCGUGCUCGUCUCGUUCACCAUCUGGAUGGCGGCCUGA